UUUACAGAGACUUCACCUUGGAAUUCUCCCCAAGGAUGUCCAAAAUUACCGUAUGUAGGACAGCUUGCGAAGACCCCUGCUCGGAAGGCGGCGCUAAGACGUCCGAGCCUCGGCCCCUGAUAAGAAUUACAUAGCAGUCUAGGACAUCGUGCAAACCCACAUACAUCAUAAAGCGCAGCCCUAUCGCUUUGAUGGCGUAUCGUCACCUUUUUUCACCCGCGAAAUCCCCCCGUUAAUGCCUUUGAAGCUCACAAUGUCGCGCGCGAUCAGCGUAGCAGCUGUGGGAGCUGCUGUGGCUGCGCUGGCCAGCCAGUCCAGUUCCCGCACUUUCCUAGCCAGAUGGUCAGGCGUGAAUACGCCGGGAGGCGUAUGGAGGCUCCUCGCGGUUAUCUUUGCACUCAUGAACUUCAAAAACUUACCGUUUGUGUGGCAUCUGCGUUUCUUCAAAGCCUACUGGUACCAGAUCUUUAUACAGCCCACGCCGAUUCCGCCACACGCCCUCUUCCAACCCGUAAUCACGCAGACUCACGCCCCUCUCCUCGAAAUCGAUUUCAACAUGCACAAGUCAAACAGUACAUACUUCGCUGAUAUGGACAUCUCGCGCACACACCUGUUCACAAGCAUCGUGCGCAACGCCAUCCGCAAAGUCUCUGAGGGCGGCUUCCAUAUGCCCCGCGCCUCGAACAAACAAGCGAGCGUCAGUGCAGCCACCGCAGGCCUGGGCGCAGCAGAGGGCACCAAUGCACCCACUGGCGGAAAUGCAAAAUACAUGAUUGCGCUGGGCGGCGUGCAGUGCAACUUCAAGAAGGAAAUCCUGCCGUAUCAAAAAUUUGAAAUGUGGACAAGGCUACUAAGCUGGGACCGCAAGUGGUUCUAUCUCGUCACGCAUCUGGUGAGGCCUGGCGUCGGGAAGCCCGCGAGCUUCAGUCUGCAGCCGUGGCGGAAGAGCAAGCGCGUGCAGGGCGAGGAGGUGGAUCCCGAGAAACUCAAGGGCGCGGUGUUCGCGACGGCAAUUGCGCGAUAUGUAAUCAAGCGCGGGAGGUUGACGAUUCCGCCGGAGAAGGCGCUGUUCGAUGCUGACAUGGUGCCUGAGAAGCCCGAUGGGUGGGUGUAUGCGGGCGAAAUGGAGGGGGAGAUGAACGGGAAGGCUAACGGGGAUGCGGAGGGUGUGUUGCCUGAGAAGGGCAGUGUGGACUGGAACUGGGAUGUUAUUGAGAGGGAGAGGAGGAGAGGGUUGAGGUUUGCAGAGGCGUACUCGGAGCUCGAUGGGCUGCACGAGGUCUGGGAUGGUGGCAAGGACGGAGUGUUGGGGGAGUUUGGAGAUUUGUCGCUGCUGAAUCGAUGAUUGUCGCAUGGCUGUAGAAAUACCCUUAGAUCUGUUGUGCGAUAGACGACCGAAGUACACACAAGUGCAUCCACGUGUGCAACAACAUCUCCUGCAACGUGAUGCGGAAGACGUUC